AGGCACUUGGAUACACUUCGUUCAUGCGGAUAGACAGAUUGUUAGACAGACAGCAGCAGCUCCAAAAUGAUGGAAACACGGCGUCUCGAGCGCCAGAAGCGUUUAUUGGCCAUGCGCCAAGCGGCAUCCUCACUGCCCUCCAGCCAGGAGAAGGAAUUCAAUUUGCGCCUGGUGGAUCUCUACAGGGAGCAGCCGUGUCUGUGGAAGACCUCGCUGCCGGCGUACAAGGAUGCGGACAUGAAGCGCAGUUCCUGGGAGAAGAUUGCCAGCCAGUUGGGCAGUCAUCUCAGUGCCGAAUUCAUACGCUGCCGCAUACGCCACAUGCGGUAUCAUCUCAAUGUGUACAAGCUCCAGAUGAUCGAGCACCAGAUGACCACCGGUGAGGGUAAACCGCCCGAGAAGCCUUACUACAUCGAUCGCUUUGCCUUUCUGGAAGCAGAAGACGGAGCUGAGGAGCCGGAUGAUCAGGAAUCCAAGUCGAACGCGAAGGAAGAAUAUAUACCCAACUCCGAGAAGUUCGCGAAACUCUGGUCAAACUUCAAUCUGAAAUCCCUGACAAAUCCCAUCACACGGGAGCCAAUCGAUCCCAGCAGGGAGAGCCAUCGUUCGGGACCGAGAAUUGUGGAUAUGGUCAAGCUGCGCAUGGAUGCCCAGAUAGCGCCACUGGAGUUUGACAGACCGCGUCUGAAAGUUCCAGAUCUCAAGCAGAGCAUCAACUGGCAUCGCGGCUUGGGCCAGCGUCCAUCCACCAGCUCCAUGGGUGCUCUAUCAGAGACUAUGCCCACAUUGCAGGCACGCCCGGGUGAUUCCGUAUCCAAGACCAAGAUGAACCAGAAGAAUGCAGACGCUGAGCAGCCGACGACCUCCAAGAGGGCACAAGCUGCGCUGGCCAACGCCGACCAGUCGGAGGACGAGGACCUCUACAACUUGCAUUGGAAUGCUCGCAAGGAUCAGAGGUCACUGCGUCCCGGACACGAUCGCCUGCUGAAGCUGCCGACGCGAUUGCGUCCUUCGCAGCCCAACGAACCCACUCCAGAUAUAUUUUAACCAAGUUCUCGCACCAAGUUACCAAAUUGAUUUUAUUGUGUUAAGUAAUAGUGGAAAAAGAGGGGCCAGAUACAAGUGCAAGUUGGAUAAGUACGUGAUCAAGAACUUUGCAUUUCCAAAAGGGAACUAACUGUUAGCUUCCUUUCUUAUCCAUCAAAUGAGCUUGCAUAUAAAUAUAAAUAUUAAUUACCUGGAGCCAAAGAAACCCGAAAUCAAUGACAAUGACUCUUGCCCACCUGUCCAUCAAAACAGUCAAAGGUCAAUACAUUUGCCACUUGUCCAUUUGACCUAUUGUAGCAUUGACAACAUGUACCUGUUUGGUAAUCCAAAGGACAUCCACUUUGCCCCGCCAAGUUGUUGAGGGCUCCUUUCGAGUUUGAUUAAUCCUUGAGUCUGGGCAAAUGAGGCGGAAAGAUACGGCCCAAAACUCAAUGAUUUAUGAAUACUUCAGGAUGAUGAUGACGUACAGUCAAGUUGUGAACUCUUGCCGCAAAUCCAAAAACCACCGACGAAAUUAGUUUUUGGCUGCCAAAGCAAAUAACGAAAUUACUUCCAGAAAUUACACAUACUGUUUAGCUCCACAGACACAUUCAUCCGGCAAAAGGAUAGGACUCAUCCCCAAUCACCAUCCCCAUUCUGAAAUUCCCACACCAGUGCUCAUUAGUGUGAAAAUUUAAUUUAAUUUCCCCCAAUAAACCCCUUAAGUGCUCGCCUUA